GUGAGCGGUCAUCAGCCGCAGUCUGCAGUGUCAGGUUCGGUGGAGAGUGUGUGUGGCAGCAGCGCCCCCUGCGGGCAGGACAGUGGGUUCGGCAGUGACAGCGCUCGUCUGCGGAUCGUCCAGAUCGAGCGUCAGAGUGGCACGGGUCAGCACCGCCUCGCCCGGCCGUCACAGCAGCCCACCAUCACCAAGAACCUCAGCUUCAUCCCGUUCGAUGUGUUCCUCACCGCCGGACGCAUCUCUCUCAUGACGUACACGACCGCGCCUGCGGCCAGCCCCCCCACCGACGCCCCCCCGCGGCCGGGAAAGAGCGCACUGGACGUGCCCGAGGACGAGGCGGUUCAGGGCGGGGGUCUGUGUUCGCUGACGGCCGAGGAUCUGCUGAACGCUAACACUGCGGGCGGGUCGGCGGGGGUCCUGGGGGGGCGCUCGUCUGCGAGACAGGCUCUGGGCGUGACGGUGGUCAGACAGCCUGGACGCAGAGGAGACAAAGACUGCAGCCUGCAGCCAAUGCUGUUCCUGCAGGUGACGCAGCCCUCCGUCUUAAUCAGCUGCCACCAUCGCAAACAGAGGCUGGAGCUGUCGCUGUUCGACCUCACGCUGAAGGGAGUCGCAACCAACUACAAGAGUCUGGACGCAGGGAAGUCUCUCCCAGAGGCUCUAGACUACAGCGUGUUCUGGCUGCAGACGGUCGCAGGAGAAGCUGACAGCCGGACCGGCAUCCCUCUGUGGUCAUCAGAGACUUCCUCACUGGACCAGAGUUGA